GGGUGGUUGUUGAGCCAGUUACCGCAAUGCUUUGAGGGUGGUGUGAGUUGUGGGAGCGCUUUUGUCUCGUUAGCCUGCCUGUAACGAGUUCUUAACAUCGCAUAUGCGAACAUUUGUUGGCAGUUUUUCUUUUGAGUUUUCCGUGUGCAGACGUGUCUUCUCCGUGAAAAGCACUAAAUAUGGCAGACUACUAGGCUUUUCAUUUUGGCUACUUCUAUAGUAUUGUAACACAGCACAUAUGUGUGUGUGUGCGUGUAAGUGAAUGUGAAAUAUUUGACUGGCACUAAAAUUUGGUGAAUGAUAAGUGCUUUUUGGUGAUAAUUUUUUUUUGGUAUUAAAAGCAAAUAAACGAGCUGCGAAGAAUUGUGUGAAAAAGUACGGGAGCGUGUGGUUUUUUUUGCCAAAUAUUAUUUAUGCAUUAAUGCGUUCGUUGCCGUAGAAACUUAAUAGUAUUUCUUGCGCUAUUCCGUUGCGUUUAGUAUAGCGCCUGAAUUAAUUUGUAUUGCGGGAGUUGCAGCUGAACAGUUGGUGCCACAAUGGCAAAAAGUAGUAAUGCAGAAGUCGAGUUGAAGGAGCGUUUGGUUGCCGCGGUUAAAAAGGAGGUCAAACAGCUGAUGGAAGAGGCAGUCACGAAGAAAUACAUACAUGAAGAGAGCAGUUCCGUAACACAGUUAUGUGCCGCAGUCGAGGCUUGCUUGAGUCAGGGCUUGCGGCGACGUGCUUUGGGCUUAUUUAAGACCUCUUCCACCACGGCAUUACUACAUAAAAUCGCCAAGUCCUGUGAAGAUGCCGAAUGUAUUAGCAAGAAAGUGUUGGAAAUCGAAUCAGCGGACCCCAGUAAGCGUUCAUCGUCUAGCAGUGAUAGUGUUAAUCGUCCGCCGAUGUUGAAGAAGGGCAGCAGCACAUCGGUCACGGCGAUGAGUUUGAGUGGUUCCAAUAUGACGAUGGCUUCAAUGAAAUAUCUAUGGAUCCGCUUGGCUCUAUUCGAAAAGAAGUUGGCCAAAAUAAUUGAAUACUUAGUGGCUAACGCCAGUACCUAUUAUGAUCGCGACUCACUUGUAGCAGACUCAGAUUAUGGUUCCAUAUUGAGCUCGCUUUUGGUGGGACCCUGCGCAUUGGAGUUUACACGAGUCAAAACUGCCGAUCACUAUUGGACGGAUCCGCAUGCUGAUGAAUUGGUCAAACGGCAUCGCAUCAGUUCGGGACGUCGUUCUUCCUCAACUUGCUCAAGAGCACCAAUAUUGAAUUUCAAACGUAGUCUCAAUACCAGCACAGACGAAUGCACCACCGGCGCUGGCUUCAAGUCAAUAGCUGCGACUACAGUGGCCAAAGACUACGUUGAGUCUUUGCAUCAAAACUCCAGAGCUACACUAUUAUAUGGCAAGAAUAAUGUGCAUGUAGUGCCGAAAGACGUAAAUGAGAAAAUGCCCGGUUACUUGAGCCUACAUCAGCAUGUGCAGACCCUAAUCAUUAAAUGGACGCCAAAUCAACUCAUGAACGGUUACAAUGAGGAGGAAGAGGAUGAGAAUGAGGAACAGGAUAAGGAAUCAUACUGGGCCUAUGCGCUCAAUAUAAAUGUCGAUGAGAUUGUCUAUGUGCAUUGCCAUCAGAAUCGUGGUGAAGAUAGUGGUGGCAUUAUAAUAUUGGUCGGGCAGGAUGGUGUACAACGUCCACCGAUACAUUUUCCCGAAGGUGGACACAUGCAACAGUUCCUAAGUUGCUUGGAGACAGGCCUGCUGCCGCAUGGCCAAUUGGAUCCACCACUUUGGUCACAACGUGGCAUUGGUAAGAUAUUUCCAUGGCCGAAGAGUGUACGCAGGCGUAUUUUACCCUCUGUCAUGGAAUCGUUUGAUGAGACACCAAUUGAUUAUGUCUUUCGCAUUGUGAGCAAAAGUAAACAUGAGGAAUUUGCUGCCGCUCACUCCAUACUGGAUUUUGUACGUAGUACUCCACGUCGUGCACAACUAAGCAGCUGCUCCACAACUGGAUCGAGUGAUUGUUCGAGCAAGAGUCUCUCUAUGGAUCAGCAUCCGCUGGAGUCUCCAUUGGUUCAGACCAAACAAAACACAAGUAUCGAGAUGGUUUGCUCAACAAUGAGAAGACAAAUAAUAUCGAGAGCAUUUUACGGUUGGUUGGCCUACUGCAGACAUUUAUCAACAGUACGAACUCAUCUCUCAGGACUGGUACAUGGACGUAUAACACCGGAAUUAAAAGCCGACGAGGAUGGCCUAACGAAAGAGCGCUGGGAAGCUUUAAACGUCAAUGGUGUUGUGGCAAAUGAAGUGGAUGUCUAUCGGCUCGUCUAUUUUGGUGGUGUAUGCUCCGAGCUGCGUAAGGAGGUAUGGCCGUAUCUGCUUGGUCAUUAUAGCUUUGGUUCGACACCAGAGGAGCGCAAGAAGCAAGAUGAGACCUGCAAACAUUACUACGAGACGACAAUGAGUGAGUGGUUGGCAGUGGAUGCGAUCGUACAGCAAAGGGAGAAGGAGAAGACGGCACGUGCAGUGGCCAAACUCAGUUCAGGCAGCAAUAGUGGCAAUGACAAGACUGUGCGUGCUGCCUAUAUAGAUGCGGGUGAUUUGGAGAAUGAGGUGUUUGAAGAUAUUUCAGAUAUAUCGGAUCCUGGUGAGUUAGAAUAUGACGAAGAACAACAACGGCAGGCGCAAGUCGAAGCAACGACUGGAAACGGACAAAACUACCUAACCGUAAAACCAAUACCGCGUGCUAUGAAAACGAGCACGGAUUCGGGAAAUGUAGACGAAACUAUGGAGGAAGAGGAUGAGGAUGAAGAAGAUGUGGUUAAUAAACAUACAGAGUUGCAAAGCGGAAAUACGUUGCCAAAAGAUCAGUUCACUGAUGCAGGCGUCACUGAACCAAUUUCGAAUAAGAGCAACAAAAGCGAACCGACUACUGGAGAAACGGAAGAGUGCGCACAACCCGUACAGAGUGAUAAGACCUCGCCAUCUUCGUCUUCAUAUGAAACUGUUGGCGCUGGUUUUGGCUAUACAGAUUUGAAUCUGCAUACAUCCAUAUCGGCGAAUUUGAAUUCUACCGAUGAGCCAGAGAAAAGCGUGCUGAGCCCAGAGUUCCUGAGUGCUGACGACUUGCCGGCGCAACUUGGCGUAGCCGACGAAGAUAUACGUGAAAUGACAGCAGUCGAAACGAAUGUUGCUGGUCGACCUUCUGCUGUUAUCGUAACGAAUGCCUCGAUUGAUGUGGCAAAUUGGCUGCCUGAUGUAAAAUCGGAAUAUGAACAAAUGCCACCUCUAAAGGAGCAAGUAUCGAUUGAGGCGCACACAGAAGUUGCUGCAGUUAGUGGUAGCAGCAUUAUGGAUGCAUUGCAGGAACCGAAAUCGGCAUGUGUUUCACCGGCGAGCUCAAAUGGUGGUGUCUAUAGUAGCGAAUUGCUGGAACAAUUCGGAUUGAAUCUACAUCGCAUCGAAAAAGAUGUGCAACGCUGCGAUCGCAACUACUGGUAUUUUGCCAAUGAGAACUUAGACAAACUCAGGAAUGUUAUAUCCACUUAUGUGUGGGAACAUUUGGACGUCGGUUAUAUGCAGGGCAUGUGUGAUUUGGUGGCACCUUUGCUCGUUAUAUUCGACGACGAGUCACUCUGCUAUAGCUGUUUCUGCAAGCUUAUGGAGCGCAUGAUCGAGAACUUUCCGAAUGGCGGUGCCAUGGAUAUGCAUUUUGCGAAUAUGCGUUCCCUCAUACAAAUUUUGGACUCGGAGAUGUAUGAGCUAAUGGAUUCGAAUGGCGACUACACACAUUUCUAUUUCUGUUAUCGCUGGUUCUUGCUAGAUUUCAAGCGAGAGUUGGUCUAUGAUGAUGUCUUCGCGACAUGGGAAGUGAUUUGGGCGGCAAAACAUGUGGCCUCCAGUCACUUUGUGCUCUUCCUCGCUUUGGCGUUGCUGGAAACUUAUCGUGACAUAAUAUUGUCGAACAGCAUGGAUUUUACGGAUGUCAUCAAGUUCUUCAAUGAAAUGGCCGAGCGUCAUAAUGCGCAAGCGGUGCUGCAACUGGCACGCAGUUUUGUCUUGCAAUUGCAAAUGAUAAUCGAAAAUAAAUAAAUGUAUUGUUGUUAUUAUGUGAAGGAAAUCAAUAUAUAACCUAGUGGUACUUAUCUCAGUGGCAUGGAGUUUAGUAAGCGCCAAAUGACAGUGGCUUCCAAAAGUAGUGUUACUAAAGGAAAUAAAAUAAAUUGAUAUUUGUAGUGUGAAAAGUUCAUACCAAAUUAUAAGCAAAUAUAUAUGCCUAGAAAUAUAGAAAAAAAAAUAUAAAUAAUUUUUCUGUAGGUAAUUAUUUAGUAAGUAUUAUUUUAAAAUUAAAAUGAUUAAAAAAUAUUAAAUUAUUAAAGUUAAUAUAUCAAAAACUUUGUUUUAAUUUAGAAUGUAAUUUUUUUUUAAUUGUUCAAAAAUAAUAAAAACGUAUCUACCAAUAAUUAAAAAAAAAUAAAAACAAAUAGUUCAACACUAUAAUAAAAAAAUAUGUCAGAAAAAAAUCUUAUCUAUGCAAAU